AUGACAUUUUCUUGUGAAAGAUUCCACCAGUACAUAUACGGUCAAGAAUUCGAAAUAGAGACAGACCACAAACCAUUAGUGUCAAUUUUCAAAAAAUCACUAAUUGAUAGCCCGCCACGAAUACAGCGGUUGAGAUUAGGAUUACAGAAAUAUGAUUUCAAACUUUCGUACGUUCCUGGUAAGUGGAUGCAUACACCAGAUGCAUUAUCCAGAGCACCCCUGAAGCUGGCAAGUAAGUCAGACCACCAUAUUGAAGCUCAUGUUGAUGGAAUCAUAGCAGUGCUACAAGUCACAGAUGAGAAACUAAAAGAGAUUAAAGAGGAAACCCAAAAGGACAAAACAAUGAUAUCACUUCAAAAUACUAUCAUGCAAGGUUGGCCCAAUGAAAGAUCCAAUACUUCUAACGAACUUCAUGCUUAUUGGAACAUCAGAGAUGAAUUAUCGGUACACCAAGGGCUGAUACUAAAAUGUUCAAAGAUUGUAAUUCCAACAAAGAUGAGAAAAGAAAUCUUAAUAAAAAUUCAUGCUGGUCAUCAGGGCAGAGAGAAAUGCAAGCAACGUGCCAGACAAGUAGUAUUCUGUCCUGGAAUCAACAGUGACAUUGAUAACAUAGUUGAGAGUUGCGAGACAUGCCAACAUCACCAGCAUAACCACCAGAAAGAACCAUUAAAGCCAUAUCCAGUUCCAACCCGUCCCUGGCAAGUGGUCGGCACAGAUCUCUGUGAAAUCAACAAGAAAGAAUAUCUUGUCAUUGUGGAUGCAUAUUCCAGCUAUCCGGAAGUGAUACCUCUAUCAAGCCAAAGCAGUAAAGCUGUGAUUAAAGGUAUGAAAGUAACUUUCGCCAGACAUGGCAUUCCUGAUAUUGUUCAUAGUGACAAUGGACCAUGUUACAGUAGUCAAGAGUUUGCUGAUUUCAAGACCAGUAGUCCUCAUUUCCCGUCCUCUAAUGGGUUAGUCGAGAAGGCUGUCCAGACAGUAAAGAAUAUUAUAAGCAAAUCAAUUGAAAGCGGAACAGACCCGUAUCUCGGACUGUUAGCAUAUAGAUCAACACCACUUGACAACCAUAAGUCACCAGCUGAGUUACUGAUGGGAAGAACACUUAAAACAGAUCUUCCAGUUGUAGAAAACCAGCUCAAUGUUAAAGAUUCCAAAGCAGUUGUUGCAUGGAAAACAAAGAAAAAAGAAAUCCAGAAGGCUUAUCAUGACAGAGAAGCCAAACCUUUGCCACCACUGAAGCAAGGUGAGAUGGUGAGAAUCUACGACCAAAAGAGGUUGAUAUGGGGAGAAAAAGCACCGGUGAAAGAAAAGAUUGCAAUUCGUUCGUACAUAGUGGAAACCAAGGACAAAGUUCAAUACAGACGAAACAGGAAACAAUUGAGAAAAAUUACCUCGGAAUUCGAAGACGGAAAUGACAAAAAUGUAAGCACAACGAAACGAGCGGAGAAACAAGUCGAGACAAAGUCGUUACCCUCGAAUGAAGUAUCAAGAGACAGAUCAAGAUAUGGUAGAACAAUAAAGAAACCUCGUAGAUAUGAACAAUACAGUUAA